AUGGUCGAUACUCGUUUCUUCACUCUCAUCGCUUUUUCUAUUGGCGCUGCUCAAGUUGCUUGUGCGGCCGUUAUUCCUACACCUGUCUUUUCCGGAAGUCCUACGGAUUGCCCGACGUCGCUCUCCAAGCCAUCAGGGGACGCGCCAGCACCAACUGACAUUCCACAGGACAGCACUACGGGACCUUUGGGGUGUCCGCCCUCUUUCUCUGCGAGUGGUCUGCCAGAUAUCCGCCCUUCCGGUUUCCCGCCUGUUAAAUCCGCCGAUGGCUCAGUGCCGGCCGACAUACCAGGGGAUGCUUCCGACAAAUCCUUAACGCCCUCUCGAUCUGACAUUCCACCAACGAACGCGUCGUCCUACCCUUCUGGAGCAUCUCCCGAUGGCUCAGUGCCAACCGAGCUCCCCAGGGAAUACGUAGGAUCUCUUUCCCAAUUGCCCGACUUCCCCUCGACCAGCGCAGCGGAUGGCGCGACACUGACGGAUAUCCCACAAAACGGAACUAUGCCAACUGGAUCUGGUAACGCUCCGCCUUCAUUCUCUCAAGGUGGUACUCCACCAGUGUGCCCAUCUUUCUUGCCUUCCGCUGCGCCCAGUGAUGGUGCGGUACCCAGUGACUUACCAGCAUACGACUUUUCUUCCGGGUCGCUUCCACGAGGGUGCCCAACCGCCUUUCCCUCCUCUGCCUUCCCCUCUUGGGGCCCAGCUCCAACUGAUGUUGCAUAG